AUGGCCUAUGACCGUUAUGUGGCCAUCUGCAAGCCUCUUCUUUACACCGUUACUAUGUCCCCUCAUCCUAAUGUCCUUCUGGUGUUGGUCACAUAUCUUGCAGGCUUUCUGAAUGCUGCCAUUCACACUGGCUUCACCUUUCAGUUGUCUUUCUGCCACACAAAUGUCAUCAACCACUUUUUCUGCGACACUCCGCCCCUCCUGAAACUCUCUUGUUCGAAUACACAUGUUAAUGAAGUAGUCAUUUUUGCUUUUGCCAGUUUUAAUGAACUGAGCUGCCUCCUGAUUAUUCUCAUUUCUUAUCUGUACAUUCUUGUUGCCAUCUUGAGGAUCCAUUCUGCUGAAGGAAGGCACAAAGCCUUCUCCACCUGUGCUUCACAUCUGAUGGUGGUCACUAUCUUCUUUGGCACAAUUCUGUUCAUGUAUCUGCGCCCCAGCACCAGCUAUGCAAUGGACUGA